AUGUGGCCCCAGGCGAUCACGGUUUUCGCGUUAAUUGUUUCGUCGAUCUCGACGAAGACGCUCGAUCUGUCAGGUCGCGGUUUGAAGAAAGAGGACUUCUUUCUAAAACUCCAGUCGCAGAUAGUUCUAGCCGAAGUCACCGAUCUCAUUCUUCGGGGUAACCAGUUCGACAGCUUCCUUGACUGUUCCACGAAUCUGACGAGUCUGAGAACGUUGGAUUUGUCACACAAUCACCUUCAACGAUUCUUCUUCCUGUGCAAAGAGGAGUAUAAUUUGCAGGUGUUGAAUGUCAGCCACAACAAACUGCUAUACAUCGACGACAAUGCCUUCAACGACCGAAUCCCGAAGCUCAAGAUUCUCGAUUUAUCGUGGAACAAACUCUCGAUUGUUAACGAAACCAUGCUCGAACAUUUCAAAGUUCUGGAAAAUCUUACGAUAGCGAACAACCCGAUUAACGACGGGAUCCACGAAAAUGCAUUCUGGAACUUAAAAGCGUUGCGAUAUUUGAAUCUGAGCAACGUGUCGUCGACGUAUUUCUCACUAGAGUUCUUCAAAACGUUAACUAACUUAUCCACCUUAGAUUUGUCAGAAAACCCCGUAAAGACAAUUCCAACAUUACCAAACAGCCUAGAAGAGCUCGACCUGUCCAACACUCAGAUCACACAGCUCCAAAACCUCAUUCUACCGAAAUUGCGAGAACUGAAAUUGAAUAAUAUGCCACUUCUCAGAGAACUGCUUUUCAAUGAUCUAGAGAAUUUAAACAGCUUGGAAACAUUAACGCUAACCGGAUCAAAGAAGUUAGUGCACUUAAGAGUUCUCAACUAUGACGCACGUCUGCUUCCGCGACUGCAGAGCCUGUCGAUAAACGACUGCGGCCUGAAAACCCUCGAUUCUACCCUUCUGCCGAUAAUAAAGAAAACGCAGAUUUUGAAACUGGACAACAACCCAUGGAAUUGUGACUGCAAAAUGCAGUGGAUAACUAUGUUGAACGCAACAAAGAGUCUCAGCCGGGAUAUUAAGUGUCUCACCCCCCAACGCCACCUCGACAAACGACUCAGCGAGGUGCCGAAGUACGAGGUGGAGUGCGAAAGCGAGUCGUCGGUGUUCUACCUCGUCCUGUGGGCGUGCAUUUUGUUACUCAUCGUGGCGCUUAUAUUGGCGGCGGGUUUCUUUCUCCUCAAACGACCGAUCGGUCACUGGGAGAUCGGGCGAAAGAACCGGGAGACCGUCAAAUACACGAACGUCGAUGAGUCCUCGAACGACAUGGUAAGAAUUCUGGCUGUUGGCGAGACAGUCGAACGGAACGGAGAAUGA